AUGGCGAAAAUUGCUAGACCAGCGCUAUGGCUCUUCAGCCUUGCGGUUGCCACGGCACAAACGCAGCCUCAGUGCCUCUCCACGACCAAUGGCACAACGUUUAAUGGAACAGCAGGAAGCGAACUCCAGCUCAACGGAACCACCAUCCGCACCAUCGACGCCGCAGACGCAGACCAAGGCGUCGCCGUCGACGCAGACUACAUCUACUCUAUCGACAACUACUCCAUAACAAAACACAACAAAACCACCGGCGCCCCCCUCCUCCAAUGGUAUGGCAGCCCCUCCGGCCCCAUAAUCCACCUCGACGGCGGCGUCCUCAUCAACUCCACCCUCUACGCCCCACACUCCAACUACCCUUCCUCCCCCAUAACCUCCUCGAUCGAAACCUGGGACGCGACCACCCUGAACCACACCUCCUCGCACGCCUUCGGCAUCGAGCGCGGCAGCCUGACGUGGAUCGACCAGAACCCGACUACGGGGGCGUGGUAUGGUGCGUUUGCGAACUAUGACCGGGUCCAGCCGGGCCAGGCGGUGCCUUAUGGGCUUACGAUGCGGACGCAGGUUGUGAGGUUUGGGGAGGGCUGGAAGGUGGAGCGGAGUUGGGUUUUCCCUGAGGCGCUGUGGCAGAGUUUUAGUCCGAUGAGUAAUAGUGGGGGGAGUUUUGGGGCGGAUGGGUGGUUGUAUGUUACGGGCCAUGAUGCCUCAGCGGCGUAUGUGAUGAAGAUCCCGGACGCUGGGAGCACGCUCAUCUGGGUCGCCACAAUCUCCCUCCCAGACAUCGAAGGCCAGGGCAUCGCCUGGGACCGCUCCCGCGGCCUCAACGGCAGUUUGUACGGCAUUUCGAGGGAAGGCGGCAAGAUUGUGGAGAUGCGUGUCCCCUUGCAGAAUUGCUCUUGGGAUGUUCCUACGAUGGUUGGGGCGGUUUAUGGGCCGGGGGAGUUUGUUGGGUUGGAUGGGUAG